AUAACAACAUUUUUUAAUGCAGAUAACCAAAAUAACAUUUCACAAUUGUGUCAUAGUUCUUUCAAAGAAAAAGUUAUCAAAAGAUCACGUCUAGCCUGGAAAUUCAUCAGGAUACGAAAAACUUGUGAUACAGACUAAAAGAUGAAACCUUGUCCUUUUAAAAGCAAAACUGGUGUGACUAAUGUAAAAACUUUUGUUGCAAGAAAAAAUGGAGUAAGAGUAGUAUGUCAGGACUGGAAUUUCAUUCAAAUCAUAUCCCUAUCGGUAAUCUGCUCUGCUUUUCUUACGUUUCCCUAUCUAUUGUAUCGUCACCCAAAAGAGAAAAUCAGUUCGAGAGAUUUGAUCAUCGAGUUACCUGAUAUAGUGCGUCUUGUUAAACCUGACCUCAGAGAAAAGGAGUAUCCGUUUAAUUUGUGUUCAGAGAAAUAUAACAAAGAAACAAAAAGCAACGUUCUGUCUUAUUCACUGUUCGGUAAAUUAUCAACCGAUAAAACCUGGUUAAAUAUGGUUGGGAGCGUUGCGGAUGAAGCCAAAAAAUCUUCUCUUUAUCGAGAGUGGCAAGUAAGGAUACACCAUGACGGUGGUAUACCUUACAAUCAAUUAAAAAGGUUGGAAGAAAAGCACGGAAACCUGAGGUUUUGCGAUGCAAGGAAAAUUCCUCGCCUGGGAGAUGUUUCCAAACAGAGAGGGAAAGAAUGGCGGUACAUACCCAUCGGAGAUAAAACCGUGGAUAUUGUUUGUAUUCGAAAUCUGCAGAACGUACUACUGCAACGUGAAUCUGAUGCCGUUGAAGAAUGGAUGUUUCGUAGUUAUAACAAAGCUUUUCACUGCAUGUACGAUCGCGUUAAUGUCACACAAAGAUUUGAAGAUUCUGGUACCAUAUGCUAUCGGAACUCUAACAGUCCAACACUGACUCCAAUUAUCUUUCAGAUUAUUCAAAAGCACCAAGUAAAUAAAAAGUUAGACCCUACAAGAGACCCUGAAGAAAUCCUUUUGCAAGACUUACUUUGGCCUUAUCUUGAACUUGAUGCGAUUAUUCACGACUCGUACACGUGUAAAAAACAUAUUUGGACAUUUACUCCGUUUCCGACUAAACGAUACAGCACGAAUGGCUGCGAUUUUAUCGGGUGUAGUCGUUUAAAUCCAAGUAAAGCACAAGAAUGCCCUUUGAUUUGUCGCCCAAGGUCACACAGAGACUGGAAGAAUUGUUGAUACUUAGUGGUCGAUAACACCAAAAUCACGAAACAUAACAGUAACUGUUUUGCUCGUUUAUUACAGUGUAAUUGCCGGACGAUGUUACGCAAAAAAAAAUUUAUUUAGUCACAGUUUAUUAGACUAUGCGUACAGAUUUCUUGAUGAGGACAUUUCGCAAGAAAUGUAAAUAACACUUUUAGAGAGGUUAGAUUUAUUAAGCAGAAGAACUGGAUGCGAGAUUGAAUAUCUUGUAGGAAAAAAACUCAUGGUAAACUGAGUAGCCUUAAGAAUCAGGAACUGGGGUUUCUUUCGUUUUA